AUGGACAUUGAUACAAAUGGUCAAGAAAUAUUUGAAUCUUCUGAUAUAGAAGAUGAGGUUAAACUUGUUAAUAAUGAAAUAGAAUAUAAUGAAAGUAUAAAUGUUGGUGAAAGUAAAUCAAAAUUUUCAAAAACUGAUAUAGUAAAUGAUACAUUUGAUUUUCUGGGGAAUAUAAUCAAUUCAAGAGGUUAUUACAUUAGUGAGCUUGAUGAGACCACAGAUGAUAAAUUAGCAAGGAUAGAAAGGGAAUUGGAAGAGAUUGGUCAAGCAAAUGACAGAUCACCAAAGGCUAUGCACUUGAAAGAGAUUUUAAAUCAAAUGAGAAAGUCAGAACAUCAAGAAAGAGUGGUGAUCACAAGAGAUACAAUAGAGUUAGCUCCCCAUCUUCAACCAUCAUCAAGAGAUUUAAAGGCAAUUGUUGAAUUAGAUGACAAAAUUAAUAAACUUGAACGAAUAGUUGGUGAUAAAACAUCUAUUCAAUUACAAAUUAAUGAUCUAGAUAGAAAGUUUUCAUUAAUUGACAAUCCAGAGUUUAAUUUUGAUAUAAUAAAAGAUGAAAUUAAAUCAAUGACUAAAAAUAUGGAGAAGCUACAUAUAAAUAAAAAGAUAUUUAAUAUUAAUGAUGAUGAGAUUAAAAAGAAUGAUGAUAAGAAAAUUGAUGAAAUUUAUAAGAACAUUUCAGUAUUAGAAAUGUCUAAAGAGAAUAUAGAAACAAUAUCAACUAGAUUAAAAUCAUUGACUAUAUUAUAUAAUGAAAUGGAAAAUAACAUAAAUUUAUCAAAUAAUAUAGAUGAACUAAUAUCAACCAUUAAAACUGAUUUAACAAAAUGGGAUGAAUCAAUAGUUAAUUUAAACGAUAAUCUAAAUAACUUUGAUGAGAGUCAUAAGUUAAAUUUACAAUCAUUUAAUGAUAAAUUGAACAAUUUAAGUACUAAGGUAAAUAAAGAUCUCGCUUAA